GUCGCGCGACUUCGACCAACGUAGUGCUGAUGCGCAGAUUCGCCAUCAGAUGGCGCGAUCGUCGACGGAAGUGACGUCGCGCGCUGUGCGAGAACCGACAACUUCCCGUUUCUUUUUCUCGCGACAUCCAUCAUGCCACCUAAAAAGGAUACAAAGGGUUCCUCCAAACAGCCUCAGAAAACCCAGAAGAAGAAGGAGGGUGGAUCUGGGGGAAAGGCUAAAAAGAAGAAGUGGUCCAAAGGAAAAGUACGCGACAAGUUAAACAAUCAAGUACUGUUUGAUAAAGCCACUUACGAGAAGUUGUUGAAAGAAGUACCGCAAUACAAACUUAUUACACCUUCGAUUGUCAGUGAAAGGUUGAAGAUCAGAGGUUCUCUCGCCAGACGAGCGCUAAUAGAACUUCAGCAAAAAGGCCUGAUCAAGCAAGUCGUGCAGCAUCAUGCACAACUUAUCUAUACACGUACUACUAAGGGAGAUGACCCAGCGGUAUAAUAUGUAAACAUCAAUUUAAUAAAAAAAAAACUUAAAGCCAAAA